GGAGGCCAGCCUGAGACUCCUGACUCUCCUGCUGCGGCUGGGCUCCGGGAGGGGUUCCACGAUGGACGGGCUCCGGGCUAGUGCAGGUCUGCUGAGGCGUGGGCGGCUGAGACGCCGGCGCCAGCCACAGUCGCACAGCGGGUCGGUGCUGGUCCUGCCCGUGAGGCCCAGGAAGAUCCGAAGGCAGCUGAGGAGAAGUGUUGCGUCCCGCAUGGCCGCGCUGAGGGCCCAGACGCUGCCUAGCGAGGACUCAAGGGUGGAGUCGAGUGGGGACGAUCCCCGGGACCCGCUGCCUGGUGGGCCGGCGGCCACCCCAGAUGCAGCCUGGCGAGAGCCGUACAGCCACCACGGGCCUGCAGAGCUGCUGGAAGCCUCGCCCGCGGCCCGCUCCCAGCAAACUCCCGCACGUUUGGUGGAGGUACCCACAGCACAGACCCGCGUGGUGGAGACCUCGGCCUUGCUGUGCUCGGCCCAGCACUUGGCGUCUGCCCCACCGUCCGUGGCCCCAGCGACGCUGUCGGGCCCGCAGGUGGAUAGCACGGGCGGGGCGUUAUCCUGGGACUCUCCGUUGCAGCGCGUCUUGGCCGAGCUUAACCGCAUCCCCAGCAGCCGGCGGCGGGCGGCUCGUCUCUUCGAGUGGCUCAUCGCGCCCAUGCCACCCGAUCAUUUCUACCGGCGCCUGUGGGAGCGGGAGGCGGUGUUGGUGCGGCGGCAGGACCACAGCUACUACCAGGGUCUUUUUUCUACCGCAGACCUAGACUCCAUGCUGCGCAAUGAGGAGGUGCAGUUCGGGCAGCACUUGGACGCGGCGCGCUACAUCAACGGGCGGCGCGAAACCUUGAAUCCCCCCGGCCGCGCCCUGCCCGCCGCUGCGUGGUCCCUGUACCAGGCCGGCUGUUCCCUGCGCCUUCUUUGUCCGCAGGCUUUUUCGACCACCGUGUGGCAGUUUUUGGCUGUGCUCCAGGAGCAGUUUGGAAGCAUGGCGGGCUCCAAUGUUUACCUCACCCCUCCCAACUCGCAGGGCUUUGCUCCCCACUACGACGACAUCGAGGCGUUUGUGUUGCAGCUAGAAGGUAGAAAACUUUGGCGAGUCUACCGACCCCGGGUCCCGACUGAGGAACUGGCCCUGACAUCCAGCCCCAACUUCAGCCAGGACGACCUUGGUGAGCCAGUGCUGCAGACUGUGCUGGAACCUGGAGAUUUGCUCUAUUUUCCUCGGGGUUUCAUUCACCAAGCCGAAUGCCAGGACGGAGUGCACUCUCUGCACCUCACCUUGUCCACGUACCAGCGCAAUACCUGGGGUGACUUCCUGGAGGCCGUACUGCCUCUGGCAGUGCAGGCUGCAAUGGAAGAAAAUGUGGAGUUUCGUAGAGGGCUGCCCCGAGACUUCAUGGAUUACAUGGGGGCCCAGCAUUCGGAUUCUAAAGAUCCUCGAAGAACCGCUUUCAUGGAGAAGGUGCGGGUCUUGGUUGCCCGCUUGGGACAUUUUGCCCCUGUCGAUGCUGUGGCUGACCAGCGAGCCAAAGACUUCAUCCAUGAUUCUCUGCCCCCUGUGUUGACUGAUAGGGAGAGGGCACUAAGUGUUUAUGGGCUCCCAAUUCGUUGGGAGGCUGGAGAACCAGUAAAUGUGGGGGCCCAAUUGACGACAGAAACAGAAGUGCACAUGCUUCAGGAUGGGAUAGCUCGACUGGUGGGUGAGGGAGGCCAUUUGUAUCUCUAUUAUACAGUGGAAAACUCCCGUGUUUAUCAUCUGGAAGAGCCCAAGUGCUUGGAGAUAUUCCCCCAGCAAGCUGAUGCCAUGGAACUCUUGUUGCGCUCCUACCCAGAGUUUGUGAGAGUAGGGGACUUGCCCUGUGACAGUGUGGAGGACCAGCUUUCCUUGGCAACCAUGUUAUAUGAUAAGGGACUGCUGCUCACCAAGAUGCCUCUUACCUGAACUAGUUUCUUGUUGACUGCUGGAAACAAGGCAGUAGGGAUGAUUCUCUCCUCCCACCACCACAUUUUUUUGGGGGAAAAGCUCAUGUUCUUACCUCAAUAACCAUCAGUUUGCUCACAUUUACCUUUAUGACUGAUUCAAUGUCAAAAAACUCAGAUGGUCUUCUAGAAACCACCACCUCAUCUAGGCACAAAAGUAAAAGCAGAAGUUGGAGGUGGAAAAAGGGAGCUAUUUCUACAGAAGUAAACUUGAUCCCUGAUCAUUUUGGAGUACCAACUUCAUCACCCUCAGACUUCAGUGUACUGUGUAGCACUUGCUGUGUCAUUCUGCUUGAGACAUUAUUAAGUUUUUAUUUGGAAGUGUUUGCAUCCUUAAUUUGAGUUCGUUCAUCAGUUUGAGGGGACAGUUGGGAUCAGAAUUAUGUUUGUUAUUUUGGAAGAAACUUCCCCUAUAUCUGACAAGUGAAUAUUCUCAUGGUUGGU